CGCUCAGGAAACCGAAUCAAUGGCCAACGCGCCUUCACUUGCGCUGUUCACAUUGCUCGCUCUGGCAGCACUGACGGCAGCGAACGACGGCGAGGCAAAAGCAGCGGCCGCCGUCAGGGGAGCGCCGGCGAAGUUAUCGUGUUCGGACGCGGUGACGGCGCUGAUACCGUGCGGGACAUAUUUGCUGGGGUCCAGCGGGGAUGAACCGAGCAGCGAGUGUUGCCGGAGCGCGCAGGCGCUUAACAGGGCAGCUGCCAGGAAGGCGGACAGGAAAUCGCUGUGCGAGUGUUUGGAGAAGAUGGGGCCGUCGUUCAAUGUGAACUGGCAGCUUGCUAGACUUCUGCCGGUUUAUUGCAAGCUUCAGCUAACUAUUCCAGUCAGCACCACCGCUAAUUGCAGCCU